AUGUGGAGACCAUUGAAAGAUUUAGAGGCCAACCUUUCCGAGCCGAACUGUGAGGAUUCUCCUCCCGCCAUUGGCGCCAUCUAUCUUUUGCCAUUGUACAUUGUACCCCGAAUGUAUGGUUGGGCAAAAAUGGAACCCUCUGCAGUCCAAGUGGAUGAUGAGGAAGAGAUAAUAGAUAGCAGUGUUGUGGCUGCCGGAAGCCGAGGGGACAAUGCUGGGGCAGAGCUCAGAGAGUUGGAAUCGGAAGCAAAACAGGGAGAAUAUGAGCAAUCGAAGAAAGUGGAAAUGGGGAGGUCAUUCCAGUCAUCACAAUAUCAUCCCAACACAACAGGUGACAACUCCAUGGGAGAGGAAACCAUAAAAGAAGAAAAGGAUGCCAUUGUAUCGAAGAUACCGGCAGUACAUGAGCAAAUAAAGAGUCUUCAUCAAGUGAACAGCAAAACUGCGUCAGCAGAUGCUGGUCUCGAUGACCGUCCGAGCGCAACAGGCGACAACUCCACGGGAGAGGAAACGAAAGAACAAGAAGAAGCUGGUUUACGAGUGGACGGGCCUUCUUCUUUUCCACAACCAAGGUUGACUCGUGGGCAAAAUCUGUCAGAUGAAGCUGCCAUGCACCCAGGAGCGUAUACAUCGGUUCCCGGGACUGAUCUCCAGAGAACAACAACACUCAGUCGUUCGUUGGUGGGGGCUACUUCUUCUGCUCAUGUUGAAGACCUUACUUCAAACAUAAACGCAAGGAAUCAAAGUACAGCAGAUGACCAAGCCACCACUCCCACUGACAACAACAGUGGAUUGGCUGUGGCCACCCAAGUAGAAGAACAUGUGGAACCUACACAGAUUGCUCGACCCGACAAUUUGCACGGGAAAAAUGGAUCAACCUCAAUGACUCCCAUGAUCCUUGUUCUCAUUGGUGGUAUUCUCAUUAUUGGAAUUGUUGUUGGUUCCAUCUGUGGGGCUGGUCUCUGCAGCAACCAAGAAGGUGAUGUGAAGACUCAGGCUCCCACUUCAAUUCGAUAUUCUGUUUUGGAGGAUAUUCAAAACAGAAUAGAAGAGGCUUUUGGGCCUGACUAUUUUAUGAAAACUGAUGAGCCGGAACCCACCCAGCCAAAGUUCAAGGCUCUUGAUUGGAUCGUGUUUGAGGAUCCUCUGCAGCUCAGCACAGAUGCCAAUAAUCUUCUACAGAGGUUCAUCUUGUCAUUGACUUACUUUCAAACAUCCCAAGAGAGCGAUUGGAUUAAUUGUGGGCCAUCCACAACUGCAAAGAAAGAUGAUACAUGCUGGAUUCCGAUGGACGUUUCCAACUUGGCAAGUGGGUGGCUCACAGGUGUUCACGAAUGUCAAUGGGCGGGAAUUUUUUGUGACGGAGAGAAAAGCAUUACUCAGUUGCUGCUUUGGCACAACGGAUUGAACGGCCCUCUGCCCACGGAACUUGUAAUUCUUCCAGCACUGGAAUCACUGAGCUUUCGUGGAAACCAACUAACAGGAAGUAUUCCAUUGGAAUUGUUUGAAAACAACAAGCUCUCCUUCGUAUCUUUUUUCAACAAUUCACUAACAGGGACAGUGCCCACACAAGUUGGACUCUUUUCUGGGACUUCGCUUCGAUUUGAUUCAAACAGCUUGUCAGGUUCCAUCCCUACAGAGCUCUUUCAGGUUGGCAAAAGAAUUGCCAGUUUUGGUUUUAAUGACAAUGGUAUGACGACAUUGCUCGGAAACAGAACACAAGUGACCUUCCAACUUUUGGUCAAGACCCUAAUGUGAUUGACAGCUCACCCUUUCCAUUUCCCUGCUUUGUAGCUUACAGGAACUCUACCGACUGAAACUGGAGCAUUGCAUGGGCUUAAUGGAGUCAUCCUCGCUUUUCAAGGGAACCCUUUGCACGGAACCAUCCCAUCCGAAAUAGGACUCCUGAAAGGCUCUCUCAAACACCUUGAUAUCAGUUGGACCAAUAUGGAUGGCUCCCUACCAGAGGAACUCUUUACAGAGUGUACCAACUUGGUUUCACUUCGGGUCUCCAACUGUGGCUUUACUGGGACAAUAAGCGCUGGACUGCAGCUUUUGUCAAAGCUAUACACCUUUGACAUUUCCAACAACAAGUUCCAUGGCACCAUCCCAGCACAGCUUUCUGUUCUGAUAAAGCUACAUCAGUUUAGCGUAAACGGGAAUGACCUUUCUGGUUCCAUUCCAUCAUCUGUGUGUGCUUUGGCGGACCCCACAAAGGGCACAUUUGAAGUGGCAGCUGACUGUUUGCCAAGGGGCGGCACAGGUGAUCCCUUGGUAGAGUGCUCUUGUUGCACUCUGUGUUGCGAUGGUGAUGCUGCCGACUACUGCCUGCCCCACUAGGGUUUCAGUGGCAACCUUGGGAUAAAUUGGCUUGGGGUUUGUCUCGGAAACUGCAGUACGCAACGAUCGAGAGAUACCGGUACGAUAUCUCCCAAGAUGUUCCUGACCUCUGCUUACUUAGAUUAAAAUGGCCUCCACUACUCUGAGCUUGAAUGAGGGCCGAUUGUGAUGUAUUUAUCUUAUAGUAAUUGCUGGGUGUCCCAAUCGACGUAGCUGGGCAUGCACGACAAGUCUCGGAGACUGCUGCAUAUGCAAUGAGAGAUGCGCUAGUUCCCUAACUGUUUUCGACCUCAUCUUUUAAACAGAACUGGCCACAAAUUUUCAAUGAUGCUGUACUAGUUGGCUGGGAAUAGCA